AUGGCCCCAAUAGCUGUCUCAGAGGACACCAAUUUCAAUGGCCACACCAACGGCUCUACUCUCAAAGCGACAGCACCUUCAUUCCACCCUACCAGCAAAACAGAACCGUCGAAAUACCAUGCCUCCUCUUCAGACGAAGCUAUCCAUGUCGAACACACUUAUGCCGCCCACAACUACCACCCUCUGCCAAUAGUGUUCGCUCGUGCUUCAGGCACCACAGUCUGGGAUCCAGAGGGUCGUCAGUACCUCGACUUUCUGUCCGCCUACUCAGCUGUCAAUCAAGGGCAUUGCCAUCCCGAGCUCGUAAAGGCAUUGACAGAGCAAGCAUCCACACUGACACUGAGCUCGAGAGCUUUCUACAAUGAUGUGUUCCCGCGAUUUGCUGAAUUUGUUACCAAAUUCUUUGGGUUCGACAGGGUCCUACCCAUGAACACUGGCGCAGAAGCAGUGGAGACAGCAAUCAAGAUAUCAAGAAAAUGGGGCUACAAGGUCAAGGGUAUCCCAGAAAACGAGGCUGUUGUCUUGGGCGUGGCAGACAACUUUCACGGUCGGACGUUCGCCGCCAUUACCAUGUCAACAGAUUCGGAAUCACGGGAUAACUAUGGCCCUUUCGUACCAAACAUAGGAUGUUAUUGUCCCGUUACCAAGCAGCCAAUCCCUUUCAACGAUGUAGAGGCAGUUCGGACAGCCUUCAAAGCACACGGCCAUAACAUUGCUGGGUUUCUCGUGGAGCCCAUCCAGGGGGAAGCCGGUAUUGUGGUUCCGGAUGACAACUAUUUAGCAGAGAUCAGGAAGUUGUGCGAUGAACACAACGUCCUCAUGAUAUGUGACGAGAUUCAGACCGGUAUUGCACGAACGGGGAAGCUACUCUGCCACGAAUGGGCAGGCAUCAAGCCGGACAUGGUACUGCUGGGCAAAGCAAUCUCUGGAGGGAUGUAUCCUGUAUCCUGUGUUCUCGGCCGUAACGAUGUCAUGCUCACCGUUGAGCCCGGGACGCACGGCUCGACAUAUGGAGGUAAUCCACUCGGCUGCGCCGUUGCCAUCCGAGCACUCGAAAUUGUACGAGACGAGAACAUGGUUGAACGCGCACAAACACUAGGACAGAAAUUCAGAGAUGGAUUGAAAUCGUUGAAAAGUCCGAUGAUCAAGACCAUCCGUGGCAAAGGACUGCUCAACGCGAUUGUCAUUGACGAAACACAAACAGGAGGUCACAGUGCAUGGGAUCUGUGCAUGUUGAUGAAGCAAAAGGGUCUUUUGGUUGGUCGAGCCCUGAAAAUUGCUCAUUUGAGGGACUCUGAAGAACAAGUUGCUGACGGAGCGAAGGCCAAACCAACUCAUACGAACAUCAUCCGAUUGGCACCACCGUUGGUGAUCACGGAAGAGGAGAUCAAGCAAGCCCUUAACAUUAUGAAGGAGUCCAUUGAGGAACUCCCAACGCUCAAAGGCGAGAAGGAAGAUAAAAUCAUCCCACCGGAAGAGAAGAACGUGCGCAUUCAAGUGGACAAUUAG